AACGGGAAGCAGGAACCGGAGGGAGAAGAAGUGUCUAUAAUGAGCCCGCCGCUGCUGCGCUCUUCGCUCGGCUGCCUGGUGACAGCUUUCGGCUCGUUUUCCGCUUCUCGAAGCAAACUCGUCACACAAGCAGCAGCAGCAGGAGCUCCUCAUCUGCUUUAUUUCAGAAAAACGAUGCACUAUCAGACGGAGGAGAGAGGACACCCUCAUUCCCCUGACUACCGGAUUUAUCUUAAAACUUCUGAAGGAAAAUACAUCUCACCAUUCCAUGACAUAUCACUUACUGUGGACACAGAACAGGACAAUGAUGUGCCGGCUAAAAAGGCCAAGAAGAAUGAGAGUGAGGUGCUCUUUAACAUGGUAGUGGAGGUACCUCGAUGGUCAAACGCUAAAAUGGAGAUUGCAACUAAGGAACUGCUGAACCCGAUCAAACAAGAUGUAAAGAAAGGAAAGCUGCGGUAUGUGGCCAACAUAUUCCCCCAUAAAGGUUACAUCUGGAACUAUGGGGCGCUCCCACAGACGUGGGAGGACCCAAACCACAAAGACAACGAGACAAAGUGCUGCGGUGAUAAUGAUCCCAUCGACGUUUGUGAAAUCGGAAGCCAGGUGUGCUCUCCAGGUCAGGUGAUACAGGUGAAAGUGCUCGGCAUCUUGGCCAUGAUCGACGAGGGAGAAAUGGACUGGAAGGUCAUCGCCAUCAAUGCUAAAGACCCAGAUGCCAAAAACCUGAAUAACAUAGAGGACGUCCGCAAGAGCCGGCCUGGCCAUUUAGAGGCUACUGUCGACUGGUUUAGGAAAUAUAAGGUGCCUGAUGGAAAGCCUGAGAACCAAUUUGGAUUCAAUGGACAAUUCAAAGACAAGGACUUUGCAGUAGAGGUCAUUAAGUCCACCCAUGAGCACUGGAGGGCACUAGUGCAGAAGCAGACAAACAGUGGAGGCAUCGAAUGUAAAAAUGUCUCCUGCUGCGAGAGCCCUUUCAAAUGCAGCGCAGAUGAUGCCAGAGAUGUUGUCCAGUCGGCCCCGGCGUUCGGCAGCGCGCAUCCUGUAUCUGCAGAUGUGGACAAGUGGCAUUUUGUUUGAAGCCUUUAAGACAAAAGGGAAACCAGCAAAACCUCUUGAAGCUGCCUGAAGCGGCUGCAACUUUUGAAUGCAGCUGGAUUUAUUUUUGGUAAGGACUCAUUCUAAGCUGCGGCGAGUGCCAUCUAAUCAUCCAAUAAUUUGUUAUAAAAAAAAGGUGUAUCGCCGGUGAAUAAGUGCUUUUGUUGUCAUUGGACACCAGAUUGAUUUAUUAUAAUUUAGAAGUUAAUGAGAAAAAUAUCUGGUCUCCUUUCUAUUCAACUGUAAAGUAAACUAUAUGUGCUGCAGUAUUUUUGUGUCAGAUAUCCAGGUUCAAGUCCUGCUAAUAUGAUCAAAUUUUACUUUAAAAUACUAAAAUCAGUUUCUGUUCGCAGUUUUUAUGUAAUGAGUAAACAAUUUCUUCCUGUUUGGGUAAAUAAAAUAAGUUGUAAAACA